AUGAACAGGUAUUUAUAUAAUUUGGAAAAAGAAAUAUUCAAAACCACGUUCGAACCAUUAAUGACUGCGAGAGGAAAAGUUUUGUGCUCCUAUGAAGAGACUCGAUACUUUAACUCUCUUGUAUUGGUUAAUUCGCUUUUAUUAUUGAACGAAGAAACCACAUUGCCAGAAAAAUUUAAACCUAUCGCUGGACUACACAUUGGUCGAAAAACAAAACCAUUACCGAAGGAGUUGAAGAACAUAUUGGACAACGCAAGAAAAGGUGUUAUAUACUUCAGCAUGGGAACAGUUUUAAAAAGUCAAUAUGUACCAAUGACAUUAAAGCUGAUUGAAGUGUUUCGAAAAUUAAAACAAACAGUUAUUUGGAAUACUGAAGCGAAAUUUCCUAAUUUACCAAGUAACGUCCAUACUCUGAAAUGGGCUCCACAGCAAAGUAUUCUAUCGCAUCCAAACUGCAUCCUCUUUAUUACACACGGAGGCUUGUUUUCAUUAACUGAAGCAGUACACUUCGGCGUUCCAAUAAUUGGAAUCCCAGCAUUUGGUGAUCAAAUCACUCAUGUCGAGAGUGCUGUUAGGAAAGGUUUUGCAAUUCACGUGGAUUUGUCUCACUCGAUGUCAAAAGAUGUAUAUGAAGCUAUUUUAACAAUUCUAAGCGACCCUAGGUAA